AUGGAAGAUGAACCAGACUUUGACGACCUCCUGGCAGACGCUGAGCAGCAUCAGAUGUACGACGAUGAGCUUAUGAUGGACGACAUCGAAGCGGAGCUCGCCAUGGAAGCUGAGGCUGCCACGAGAACACCGCUGAGCGGCAGCACGAACCUCGGGCCGGGCGUCGGUGUCAGCCUCGGCAUCGGCGCGGCGGCCGACGGCCUUGCCUCGGCGGCGGCAGGCCUCAACAGGAACUACUGCCCGAGCCCUCCUCCCCUGGACCAGCGCUUGGGCGUGCCACCUGGCGAGGUUGGCUCGCCGCACCCUUCGGUGGACGAGGGCGACGGCGACGCUGCCGCGAGAGUCAGGAUGGCGCUGAACAACGAGGGGCGGAGCCAUUCGUGCGUGACGGAGACUAGCGGCGCGACCUCCCGCCCCGCCCAUCCAACAGGGUCAGCGGCGGCGGUGACGGCGAUGUUGGCCGCGAUAGACACUCAAGGGGCGGUUCUCAGCCGCCCCUCGGUUAACGGUGACAGCGUGCCGUUCAUGCAGUCCGGAGGACGCAUGAUGCACCUCAAGGUGCGCACAACCCUAACCACCACAGCCACCAGCAGUAUUGGAGGCGACACGGGGCUCGCCAACCCCCCGUCAGGCAGCCUCCUCCGCACCCCCAUGGCCACUCUCAUGGAGAGGGUCACGGAGCGGCGGGUUAUACAGAGGAGUGUGGAAACAGCAGCGAAGGAGCGGGCGGCAGCGGCGGCGGCAGCAGCGGGGGAUUCUGCCGCGGAGGAGGCAGAAAAGGACGCAGGGGCUACCACCGGUAGUCGCGGGGGGGGUGGGGGGGGUAGCAAGGGAAAGCUCGGGGCCGACGGGGCGUUGUGGGUGGACAAGUACGCGCCCGACGGGUUCCGGGACCUGUUGAGCGACGAAAAGAUCAACCGCGAGGUCCUGAGGGCCGUCAAGGCGUGGGAUCCCUUCGUCUUCAAGAAGGAGCCAGCCAGGGCGGGCGCUGUCACCGCCGAGAAGAAGAAGGGUGUGGGAGGGAUGAAGCCACUCAGCAUGGCCUCCAAGGGCGAUGCGACGGACAAGAGACCGGAGGCGCGGAUUAUCAUGCUGUGCGGGCCUCCCGGCCUAGGAAAGACCACGCUGGCCCAGGUGGUCGCGAAGCACGCCGGCUAUCGCGUGUACGAGAUCAACGCCAGCGAUGACCGCACGGCGUCUGUGCUCCGUCAGCGCGUGACGGAGGCCAUGGAGGGGAACACGCUCCUGGCCGAUAAGCGCCCGAACCUCAUCGUCUUGGACGAGGUUGAUGGCGCGGACGGAAAGGCGGCAGCGCAGGUGCUUGUGGACAUCGCCACGGCGCCACUCGCCAAAGCCACCGCGGCAGCCGGAGGCGGCAAGAAGGGCAAGCGGAGGACGUCGCUAACGAGGCCGCUGGUGCUUAUCUGUAACGACCAAUGGACGCCGGCGCUAAGGCCGAUCCGGGCCAUAGCCCAGGUGUUCGUUUUCAGGGCCAAGUCCUCACCGGCGAGACUGGUGCAGCGCCUCAAGGCUAUCUGCACGUCGGAGCGCCUGACCGUCAACACGGAUGCCCUUACGAGGCUCGCGGACCGCUCGCACCUCGAUGUCAGGUCGUGCCUCCACACCCUCCAGUUCGUGGCGAGGCGGGCGUCCUCGGGAAGUGUGACGAACGCCUCCGCGGCGCUGCUGACGGCCGUGGCGGAGGGGAUCAAGGACGAGCGCCGGGACCUGUUCGAAGGUGUGUUAUGGGUCUUGGGCGUGCGGGGCUCGAUGGCCGACCGCAAGGACGCCGACGUGUUUGAGGAGGUACAGGCCUUCAACGACCACAGUAAGGUCCUCGCGGGAGUUCACGAGAACUUCUUGGGCGUACGCUUUAACGACCCUACCCUCAGCAAGGCGGCCGCGGCGAUGGACUGGCUGGAGAUGGCCGACCUCAUGGACACGCGCACGAACCAGACCCAGGACUACUCUUUCUCUAGAUACGCCCCGGUUGCCGCGGCCGGGGUUCAUUUCCUCUGCCGCUCCGACCAGCGGUCGACAGUCACGCAGCCCAAGAAGGACUACGAGGCCCGCACCGCUCGCGCCGCGAAGAGCAACAUCUUGCACAGCUUCGCCGACGGCCGCCAGCUGGGUGCCACCGGGCGUACGACUCAGGCUUUGGUGCUGGACAUGCUGUCCCACCUGAUGGAUAUCUUGGCCCCCACCCUGAGGCCGCUCAACCCGGACCUACUGAGCCCGCAGGAGCGCGCACGCUUCCGUGAACUGGUCGGCAUCCUCCUCUCUUGCGGCCUCACGUUCUCCCCGCAGUCGGCAUCCUCGUCUUCGUCGGCCAGCGCCCCACCCGCGUUCGGGGCGGCGACAGGGGCCCAGGAAUUCGCGCUUGAGCCGGCGAUCGAUCAGCUGCUCAAGUACGAGGGUUACGAGUUUGCGCAUCCCCGGCUUGCCCCCCCUCUUCGCCCGAUGGUGGCGCACGAAGUUGCCCUCGAAGGCAUGCGCAAGGCAGAGGCAGCCAAACUAUCACACCGGGAAGAUGCCGCAUUUGCGAAGAACGAGGCAUCUGAUCCGUUCGCCGCAGCCUCUUCAGCAACACGAGGAACCGGGCACCCUUUCACGACCAAGGCGGGAAAAUCGUCAGGUGCUCAAGCAGCAAGCGGGAAGAGCACAAGCGAAGCCGACGAAAACGGAAGAGCGGCAGCAGCUGCAGCGGCGAAGAGAAAGGGGGGGUCGGCGGCGGUAGGGUCGGCGGGGAUGAAGAAGACGAAGACCAACAAAACGCCCCCGCCGUCACCACCGGCCACAACCAAGUUCCGCGAUAGUGAGAAUGAUAGACCCGCGCAUCCGGUACCGUUUUGGAACCGCACCAACUGGAUCUCCGGGAGGAAGGACGGCACUGGCUCCCGACGCGACGCCGGGGACGACGCUGCUGCUGUCAAGCAAAGCGCUGCCAUCGAUUUUACCCAUGACACCAAGUCUCCUUCCAAGUCUUCCGUCAACAAGCUUUGCGAGACACCGGCGGUACAGGCCGGCAGCAUCAGCUGUUCGGCGACUGACGGGCAUCAGGCGACCGCGGCAGAGCGUUCCAAGCGUGUCCGACACGAAGGGGUGGCGAGGCGGGGCACGGUGGAAGACGAGGAGGCCGGAAGCGGAAAAGGGAAAAUCCCGAUUCGAUAUCAGUUCCGUGCGGGGUACACGAACGCCGUUCGACGUCCCGUACGAAUGAGGGAUUUGUUGUGAAAAACCUACGUUGAAUGAAGAGCAUUCCCGGCAGGGGCGCUCUCCGCGUGCGCCAGGCAGGACGUCAUCUAAUAUUUUGCACUCUUUAUUGUCGGAUUAGUGUCAGGUUAGGGCUUGGUGUGGAAGGUGGUGAAACGCACCACCUGCUGGCGGGCAUGAGCGCAGUUGAUCUGCUCUGGAUUUCGUUCUUGUAACAUUGACCGUCAUCAGUCUGGGAUAUGAAUUCGGAUACGUUCGAAGAGUUGA